UUGAAGAUACUAAGGAGUUUUCCCCCCUUUUUUUAAUCUCUUCUCCACCCCCUCCCAUCCGCUACCUCCCCCCAUUCCCUACGCCGCCAGUUUGUUAAAUUAAUGCAGUAAGAAAGUCUGAAGAUCUGAGCGAGUCCUGGCCAAAGGAAGAUGGGCGAGCUCAGAAAACCGAGAUGCAUCUGAACCUUUGGUCUCCUGAGCCCCGCGGGGUAGCUAUGAACGCCAGCAGCCCCUGAAACUUGCCCUGAGCUGCCUCGUGCCUGCAGCCCCCGAGCAAUGGGACACCUUUCCUGCAGCGAUCAUAACUUAUUCGGCGGGGACCAGAGAACAGGGAUUGUAAGGCGACAGCAGACCGGAACGGAGGCAGGAGAACGAGAUUCCCAGACUCGGUCGCGAUACGCCAGCCUGGCACACUCUCCGAGAUUUAACUGAAGGCAGCGCCGUCUCCCGCUCUCCCCUCGCCCCUGACCCCCUCAGGCCAGGCCAGAGCCGUAAAGCCUUGCUCUCUCUACCAAGAUGCUCGCCCUGCCUAACUGUCAGGGGCCAGCGCUCUGAUCUCCACGGAAGAUUUUUUUUCCUUGCAUGGAGCUGGCCGUUUAAACCGAAAAACAGGAGUAAAAAAAAAAAAAGAAAGAAAGAAAAAAAAUAUACCCACCCCCAAACGUGCCUCCCCAGCGCCGCAGGGAGCCACAGACACGCUGGAGUUUAACAAACAGCAAUACUCUUCGCGCUCCUGAAAAGCAGGGCUGGACGCUCUCCGUGGUGCUGAAACGCUUUGCGGCCGCCGCUGUCCGUGAUACCUACAGCCUCCGCGCUCCAGUUUCCCCUGGGGCUCUGCCUCUGCACCCCUGUUCCCCACGUCUCCUUAACAUCUGGAUUAUUUUUCCAAUCGCGAUUGCUGGUUUUGUAAGUGCCAAUCUGAAACAUUUUUGCCCCCAUAACUCGUGGACAACAAAGCACAAGGACCUGAAAAAUGUACAGCUUCAAUACUCUUCGACUCUACCUUUGGGAGACCAUUGUAUUCUUCAGCCUCGCUGCUUCCAAGGAGGCCGAAGCCGCCCGCUCUGCUCCCAAGUCUAUGUCACCCUCUGAUUUCCUGGAUAAGCUCAUGGGGAGAACUUCUGGAUACGAUGCCAGGAUCAGGCCCAAUUUUAAAGGUCCCCCGGUGAAUGUGAGCUGCAACAUUUUCAUCAACAGCUUUGGUUCCAUUGCUGAGACAACCAUGGACUACAGAGUCAACAUCUUCCUGCGGCAGCAGUGGAACGACCCCCGGCUGGCCUAUAAUGAGUACCCCGAUGACUCUCUGGACCUGGACCCGUCCAUGCUGGACUCCAUCUGGAAACCUGACCUGUUCUUCGCCAACGAGAAGGGAGCCCACUUCCAUGAGAUCACCACGGACAACAAGCUGCUGCGGAUCUCCAGGAAUGGCAACGUCCUCUACAGCAUCAGGAUCACGCUGACACUGGCCUGCCCCAUGGAUCUGAAGAAUUUCCCCAUGGAUGUGCAGACGUGCAUCAUGCAACUGGAAAGCUUUGGAUACACCAUGAAUGACCUCAUCUUUGAGUGGCAGGAGCAGGGAGCUGUGCAGGUGGCAGACGGACUCACCCUGCCUCAGUUUAUCCUGAAGGAAGAAAAGGACUUGCGGUACUGCACCAAGCAUUACAACACAGGUAAAUUCACCUGCAUUGAGGCCCGGUUCCACCUGGAGCGGCAGAUGGGCUACUACCUGAUCCAGAUGUACAUCCCCAGCCUGCUCAUCGUCAUCCUCUCGUGGAUUUCCUUCUGGAUCAACAUGGAUGCGGCACCAGCCCGCGUGGGCCUGGGCAUCACCACCGUGCUCACCAUGACGACUCAGAGCUCAGGCUCCCGAGCAUCCCUGCCCAAGGUGUCCUACGUGAAAGCCAUUGACAUCUGGAUGGCGGUUUGCCUGCUCUUCGUGUUCUCAGCCCUGCUGGAGUACGCCGCGGUCAACUUCGUGUCUCGGCAGCACAAGGAGCUGCUCCGAUUCAGGAGGAAGCGGCGACAUCACAAGGUCCCAGCCUGGUGCCGCAUCUGCCCGGAGGACGGGUUCCGAUCCACACGCCCAGAGCGGGGCGUGCACACAGGUGCUGUGCGGCUAGUGGAGGCCGUGUUCUACCUCAGCUUGACUUCCAGCCUUCUUAACAUGAACCCUGAUUUACAGCUGCUUACCCUGGGGAGGAGGCAGACCUUCCAGCGCGGAAGAUGCCCAGGGGAGUUAAGCUGGCACCAUCCUCCUAAAUCAGCACGGAGAAGGAAGCAGUUGUCUGCAGAAGCCAGACAGGACGUCUUAAGAGACCCCUAGUGGGAGUCCCUCCCCACCGCCCACUCAAUUCCUAGCCCAUGCUGACUCAAAAAAAUAAUAAUACAUGCAGCAAGAAGCUGACCAAAUACAACUAUCUCUGGUGUUUAUUUUUAUGUUACCCUUCUCCGCCCAUAUAGACUAACUGUUUGUCCCAUGUCCUGCCCCUAGUGAUGUUUGUUGGAAGCACUUAUUUGGGAAGACCAUGUCCACAAUACGGGACUGGCACCAGCUGUCUUUGCACCACCACUGCACAACUCCAGGAGGUGCUAUCUGCAUACGCUGAGAAGCAGAUGGACCUCACUGCAGACACGCAGUACCAUGAGCUCGCACACUUCCAAAGGCUGCCUGCACCCUCCCCACAAAGCCUAGCAGGUCUGCACACCAGGGGAAGACAGAACCUUUCUCUCUAGCCAGGGAAAGGGUGAAUAAGGCCACUGUCCAGGUGUGAUCCGAGUCACAGCUCAGUUCCCUCCUGAGGGAUCUCAGAGAUCAUCUCGUCCACCCGUCCUGUGCAACUGAUGAGGAAGACAGAGCACAGCUAAGCAGAGGGGGCUCCUAGGGGACAGGAUGGACAGUGCACACCUAUCACCCCAAGUACCCGGGAGGCUAAGGCAGGAGGAGCACAAAUUAGAAGCCAGCUUG